CUUUCUCUAACCACAACAUUCUUCAUCCUGAGCUAAAGAACAUAUAGUGAUAUCUUGAGCUAAACAACAUUGAUCUAAAAAUGGGUAUUAUGAUCAAAGACUUGAUUGAAUCAACUGAUCUCAUUUCUGUUUCUAAUUCCAAACAUGCACUCCCUGCAAAAGUCGAGGAUCUCACUACGUUAGCUGAAGAAUCUGUGGAGCAAGUUGCUCUACCCAUAAUUGAUUUCUCACUCCUCACUUCGGGUUCCCCAGACCAGCGGUCUAAGAUAGUCGAAGAGCUUCGAAAUGCAUGUCUGCAUUGGGGAUUCUUCAUGGUGGUUAAUCAUGGAGUUCCACAGAGUUUGAAAGAGGAAUUGAUCAACUCCUGCAUGAAUUUCUUCGACUUAAGUCUGGAAGAAAAGUCGGUUUACGAGGGAGAGAAUGCGUCAGACCCUUGCAUUUUGGACCCAAUUAUAUGUGGAACCAAUUUUAACCCUGCCUCUAGGAGUGUCUCCUUUUGGAGGGAUUAUCUUAGAGUUUUAGUGCAUCCAGUGUUUAAUUCCCCUGUUAAACCCGAGGCUUUGAGUGAGGGUUUAAGGGAGUACAGUAAUAGAUCAAGAGAAAUAAUGAAAGAACUUACUAGAGCAAUAAUGGAGGGACUUGAAUUAGAGGAAGAAAACAUCGAAGAGUCCCUUGAACUAAAUUCUGGUGUUCAAAAGUUUUCUGCAAAUCUCUACCCUCCUUGCCCACAGCCUGAACUAGCAAUUGGUUUGCCCCCACAUGCUGAUCGCGGUCUCUUAACCCUACUCAUCCAGAAUGACGUUGGUGGAUUGCAAAUUAAGAACAAGGGAAAAUGGGUUGCGGUGAAUGCAAUUCCGAACUCUAUCAUGGUUAACAUUGGUGAUCAUAUGGAGAUACUGAGCAACGGGAAGUAUAAGGCCGUGCUUCAUCGAGCUGUGGUGAACAACAAGGAAACAAGAAUAUCUUUGGUUAUGACAAAUGGACCCUCAACUGAAACUUACGUAACUUAAUGAGUACCUAGUAUCAGCAAGGCAAUUGCAAGGUCUUGGGAAAAAGCAUCACUUGUGGAUGGUGGAGCAUUGCAGUGAUUAUCAUGGCUUUUAUAAUUAUGUUGCGUGGUUUGCUUCGUUUGAACGUGUGCUUUGUCAAUCGAGCAAAAAUAAAUGCGUGCUUUGUACGUUAUGUGUGACUGCUGUUAUCUAAACUUGACUAUGAGUAAUAUGAAUAUGUACUUCUGUUCUACGUGAAUUACUGAUCUUUUCCUCUUA